AGAAAUAAUCAAAGAAGUCCAGACAAGUAGUUUUUUUAUCAAUCCAGGCAGAUGAAACCACAGAUAUUGCCACACUGGCCCAGCUUGUGCUUGUUUUGCGCUACAUCGACGACAAAAAUAACGUGCAGGAAAGAUUUUUUGAGUUCAUCCCUCUGCAGUCAGCUACAGCUGAGUCCAUUGCUACUGCACUAAAAGAGCGUCUUGCUUCUAUCCUCCCCGAGGAUCAGAAAAGUAAGCUCAUCUGCCAGGCAUAUGAUGGAGCCAGCGUGAUGAGGGGUGCCACUGCAGGUGUACAGAGAAAAGUACAAGAUGUGUAUCCAAAUGCCCACUAUAUCCACUGCUACGCUCAUCAGCUCAACCUGAUUAUGCAGCAGGCCACGUCUCACAUAUCCAAGACGAGAAUUUUUUUUUCUAACAUUGGUGGAUUUGCCAGCUUUUUUUCUAAGUCACCCAAGCGGACAUGUUUUCUGGAUAAAGUGGUUGCCCAUAGACUGCCAAGAUCCAGCAAUGUCAGAUGGAACUUUCAUAGCCGUGCCAUUAAUACAGUUUGAGCACAGAGAGGAUCUCAUUCACUGUUUUGAGAGCAUACAAGACUCCGGUGACUUUGACCCCAAUACUGUCAGAGAAGCAGGUGCCCUGGCCAUGCUACUGGAGGAUGAUGAUUUUAAGUUCUUUCUGGAACUUUAUCACCACAUCAUGCCACAUGUAGACUUCCUCUAUGCCAAGCUCCAGAAGAAGAACAUUGAUUCGGUCCAUAUCAAAGUGAGCAUCCAACAGUUCCAACAGGAAAUACAAAAGAUCAGAAACUCUCUCCACUCCAUUGGUGAACAUAACAGUGGUUCUCAGCCAACAAAGAGACGCCGGGUGCUCAGUCCGGAAGAACGUGAAAGGAUUGCAGCAGAGGUCUGUGACACAAUCCUGGGACACACUAGGGAGCGUUUCUCCUUCACAGACCACCUUGUCUGUGCCACCUUGUUGCAGGGGGACAGGUUUGACGAGUACAAGGAUACCUUUCCUGCCGAUGCAUUGAGCAGCACCAUCAGAGCGUACCCGAUGCUCAAUGGAAGCAAGCUCAAGACAGAGCUCAGUCUUAUCUACAGCAAGCAAGAGUUCUGUGCCUGCCGUGGUGCUGUGGACCUAUUCCAGCUGUUUAUGGAGAAUAAUCUCGAAGAAGUCUUUUCCGAAACCGUGACUCUCCUAAAAGUUAUCAAACCACACCCAUGA